AUGUCGAAGAUAUUACGUUUCCGUAGUGCUAUCGUUUACAAGUCGCGUGACGCGCUCACAUAUCUUUUCAAUAUUUUCACUUUCGUGGGCACAAAUCCGUUGGAGAACCGUUCACAGCGAUAUUAUCGUCUGUAUUAUUUCUAUUCGUUUACGGUGAACUUCAUUUGCUGCCUUUUCUGUCCGCUUUCAUUUCACAUAGGCUACAUAAAAUUGAGACACGUGCUAACCAAUAGCCAAUUACUGGCCGCCAUACAAAAUGCGGUGCAAGUGUCGGGCAUCCCUAUAAAGAUACUCGUCAUCACUUGGUACAUGAAGCGUCUGCGACAUGCGUUUGACAUUCUCGAUGAACUGGACGUGAAUUAUACGCGGCGUGAAGAUUUGGCGAAAAUACGCGAAUGCGUACGACGUUGCAGGAAAAUUGUGUUGAUAUUCUGUUUCCCCUACUACAGUUUUGAGUUGUCGACCAUAGCGCUGGGUGUGGUACAGAAUCGCGCUCCGCUGGCUGCGUGGGUGCCUUUCUUAAAUGGACAACGCGCCGCUUGGGAGUACUGGACGAUUGUGUUGUGGGAUGCAUUUGUUAUGUUCUUUUUGUUGUGCCAUCAGCUCGGGAGUGACACCUAUCCGCCGAUAUUCAUUAAUAUCAUACGCACACAUAUACAAUUAUUGAUCACGCGUGUGAAUCGCUUGGGGCGCGCGGGUGCGCUGACUGCGGACGAGCAUUAUGAGGAGCUGCUGGGAUGCAUUCGCACACACGUUCAAAUUGUGAGCAUUGCAAAGAUUGUCGCACCCGUCAUUUCUGUUACUCUUUUCACUCAAUUCGCUACUACGGCCACCACACUGUUAAAUUGGUUGGGUAAUGUGGAAUAUCCGGAAAAUAUUAUCUCUCUCGCCUUUUUCUCCUGCCAACUGUUGCAAAUUUUGCCCUGCUGCUCGUCCGCCUCCCAACUCAUUGCCGAUUGUGAGCGCUUGCCCGACGCCAUUUUCCACUGCAACUGGGUGGAUCUGGAUCGUCGCUUUCGUCGGGCAAUUCUGUUUUUUCUGCAACGCACUCAAAAUCCCAUACGCUUUUCGUGCUUGAAGCUUUUCGAUGUUAAGCUCGAGACAAGCGUCGCGAUUGGAAAAUUCGCCUUCUCGCUUUACACUUUAAUAGAGGAGACCACAGUUGGCACUAAUACGGACAAUUAA